CUUGGUGAAUUCCUGUUGAGUUUUAAUUGACAAACAACGUUAAUGGAAUUUAUAGUCAAAAAUGAAAACCCAUUUGAAUUUGGAUCUCCUUUAGCGGUCAAAUCGAGGUGGAUGAUGAAACCAAAAGUUGGCUUUGAUGUACUUUUCAUUAUAAGCUCUGGGUGCUAAAGAAGUAGGCCCUGGAGGAGGAAUUGAGAGGUGGGGGCAAGAAGGAAAAGAAGAAGAUUAACGUUUUCUUUCCACUCUGCUAAGGGUAAAAAAUGGUACAAGAGAUUCAAGAACCGCAUUUGCCCAAAGAUGGAGGUACUAUUGGUAAAUCACCUGUCACACACUGGCAUUGGUGGCUUAUUGUGGCAGUAAACAUUUUCAUUCUUGUUGUUGGUCAAAAUGCUGGUGUUCUUCUUGGUAGGUUCUACUAUGAUCAAGGUGGAAAUAGUACAUGGAUGGCAACGCUUGUCCAAACUGCAGCCUUUCCUAUACUCUUUAUCCCACUCUUCAUCCUCUCCUAUAAGGAAUCUUCAACAACAACCAAAACUAGCAUGUCCACUCAGCCUGCUGUUACCACUCUCACAUUAAUCUAUGUCUCACUUGGUGUGCUCCUAGCUGGUGACAACAUGAUGUACUCCAAUGGUCUUUUGUACCUGUCUGCCUCAACUUAUUCCCUCAUAUGUGCAUCCCAGUUGGCAUUUAAUGCAGUCUUUGCAUUCUUCAUCAAUUCUCAAAAGUUCACUGCUUUAAUACUCAAUUCUGUUAUCAUCCUUACCUUAUCUUCUGCCCUCAUUGGGGCUAACUCUGAUUCUUCAGAACCUGCUGGAGUAUCUAGGGGGAAGUACAUUUUGGGCUUCUUUUGUACCCUCGGUGCAUCAGCCGUUUACUCCCUACUGCUUUCACUCAUGCAGCUUACCUUCCAAAAGGUUCUGAAAAGAGAGACAUUUUCUGUGGUAUUGGAAAUGCAGAUCUACACAUCAUUUGUUGCCACAUGUGCUUGCAUAGUAGGCCUCUUUGCCAGUGGUGAAUGGAGGAGUUUGAAAGGAGAGAUGGAUGGGUUUGGAAAGGGGAGAUUAUCUUAUGUGAUGACAUUAGUUUGGACAGCUGUGGCUUGGCAGGUGACUUCUGUCGGUGUUGUGGGGUUGAUUUUUGUGGUAUCUUCACUUUUCUCCAAUGUAAUUAGUACCGUGGCUUUGGCUCUCGGUCCUGUUGCUGCUGUUAUAUUUUUCCAUGACAAGAUGGAUGGGGUGAAGGUGGUAGCGAUGUUAAUGGCGUUUUGGGGCUUUGCUUCUUAUUUGUAUCAGCAAUACCUUGACGAUUCUAAGCUGAAGGCAGCACAAAAUAGCGUUAAUGAAGUUCCAAAUGAGUCUACUUUAGAGAGGCAGAUUGUUUGAAUGAAUUUCUAUCAAACAGCAGUGGAAAAUAUUGUUGGAAAAUAUUUGAUGGUUAGUUUAUUCUUCCUAUUUUUAAUCCCAAAUUGUUGUAUUACAUGUAUAGGUCCAUUGAUCCAUCCUUGUUCUCCUCUA